GCACGGAAUCACAACACAAAGCGCGAUAAAAACAGUGGACAUUUUUGUAGUUCGCCGGCAUUUUCUUUUUAAUCAUUGUUCUGUUACUUAAGUGCGUAAAAUGUUGCGAAAUUCAGUGAAAAGUUUACAAUAUUCCGUAAACCACGUAAGGAAAUGCCUCCACCGUUCGGUGGUGCAAAUUCGGCUCUGUUCCUCCUCGAGCGGGAAGCCCUCCGACUCCUCGGAGGAGCUGUUCGACCGGGUCAAGGACAAAAUACGGUACAGUUCCUACGUGGAGGAUAAUACUCUGAAGCUGGGCUACAGGCGCAACAAAAUUAUGGAGUCGCGUCUGGAGAAGGCCCGGCGGGAUCACGCUACGCAUCAGGUCCGGGCUCGGCCCUUUCCGAUAGCACUGGAGCAAUUGUACGGGGAACGGCUGCAGGAUCCUUCUCCGGUGGAUGCCGAGGAAUCCGAAGAGGUGGUCGACUACUUUCCCUACCAGAAGCUGGUGCGGAAGGUCGAGAGAGCCCCUAGGGAAGAACUGCCAGAGGAUACGACACCCACAACCGGCGAUUGGAUGUCCGAUUACGAGUACUACGAGGAGGACGAAGACGACGACCGGAAGUCGUUCUACGGGACGCCGGAUCCGAAGGAACCGGUGUCCAACAUUCCGUGCGGGGGUUGUGGUGCACUGUUGCAGUGCGCAGAACCCAGCAUUCCAGGCUACUUACCUAGUCAGCUGUUUAAAGGAAGGUCGAAGCAGCAGCUGCAGACCAGCAUCUGCCAGAGAUGCCACUUUCUGAAGAACUACAAUACGGCAAUUAAUGUGACCGUUUCGCCUGAUGAUUACGUCGAGAUGAUAUCGUCGAUAAGGGAUAAGAAGGCGCUGGUGCUGCUGCUGGUUGACCUCCUGGAUUUCCCAUGCUCCAUCUGGCCGGGCCUAUCGGAAAUUCUCGGACCCGAUCGGUCCAUUAUCGUCGUGGGCAACAAAGUGGACCUCCUUCCACGGGACUGCCCCGGCUAUCUGGACAACAUCCGCAACAACCUCACCAAAACCUUCCUGGAAGCUGGUUUCACCAAGAACAACAUCAAGCACGUGUCCCUCAUCUCGGCCACCACCGGCUACGGAGUCGAACAGCUCAUCACCAAGAUCCAUAACGUGUGGGGAACUCGCGGAGAUGUCUACCUGGUCGGGUGCACCAACGUUGGCAAGAGUUCGCUCUUCAACGCCCUCCUCCGGUCGGAUCUCUGCAAGGUCAAGGCAUCGGAUCUGGUCCAACGCGCUACGGCCUGUCCUUGGCCGGGGACCACCCUCAAGAUGCUAAAGUUUCCCAUCCUCAGACCCUCGGACCACCGGUUGUAUCUUCGUUCAAAACGCCUCCAAUCCGAACGAGCCAUCCAGAUUGAAGAAGAGAAACUUCGGAAGCACCAGGCCCGGAGUACCGGAUCGCCUCAAUUUGCUACCCUUAUCGGACACAUCGGCCAAACCUUCGCUCCGGAAAAGUCCCAAACCUCCGACCAUUUCUCCGUUGCCCAGAGAGGAGGUGGCUCCACGCCCAUUCUCACCCUGAACGAAAAAAGCGAGGACUUCAUCAACAGCAAGUGGUGCUACGACACCCCCGGAGUGGUCCAACCGGAACAAAUCACCAACCUCCUGACCACCGACGAACUCCUUCUGACCCUGCCGAAGCAAAUGAUCCGACCCAGGGCCUACCUCAUGAAAACCGGUCUCACCCUGUUCCUGGCUGGCCUUGGCCGUCUGGAUUACAUCGAAGGCCCCGAAUCAACCCGGGUCCUCCUCUACGCUUCACCGAAUCUUCCCACCCUGAUCUGCGACACUGCCCACGCCCACGAAAUCUACCAGAACCUCCUGGGCACCGAGUACCUCCGAGUCCCGCGAGCCGACCCCGACCGACUAGCCAAGUGGCCCGCCCUGCAAGCCGGACCGGACAUCCUCCUGUACGGCGAAGAAAAGCACAUAUCAGUGGCGGAUGUGGUCCUCUCGUCGGCCGGCUGGAUUGCCAUCAACCUGCCGGCCGAUUCGGAAGCGGUGUUCCGUGCCUGGACCCCGGAGCGCCGGGGAAUCUACGUGCGUCAACCUGCGCUCCUGCCACACGGGAUGGUGCUCAAGGGCAAGCGGAUACGUGGGAGUUUGGCCUACCGGGAAGGGGAUGCGUUUGCGAAGCAGUGAGGUGCGAUGGUAUGGUAUGCAUGAGUCACGUUAUUAGCGCAAAGAAUGCGGUUUAGGAACGAACGGAAUUAUGAGAGUUUAUGUGAUCCGAAAUUCCUUUAUUUUUGAAAUUGUUACAAUAAUUUAUAAAUGAAAUAUGAGAAUUUAGAAUAUAUGUAGAAAUAACACUAA